AUGAACUGGGGGGUGUUCGAAGGGCUCCUCAGUGGGGUCAACAAGUACUCCACAGCCUUCGGCCGCAUCUGGCUUUCCCUCGUCUUCAUCUUUCGUCUGCUGGUCUACGUGGUGGCGGCCGAGCGGGUCUGGAGCGAUGACCACAAGGACUUUGACUGCAACACGCGGCAGCCGGGCUGCACCAACGUCUGCUUUGACCACUUCUUCCCCGUCUCCCACAUCCGCCUUUGGGCCCUGCAGCUCAUCCUGGUGACCUGUCCGUCCCUCCUGGUCAUCAUGCACGUGGCCUACCGGGAAGCCAAGGCACAGAGGCACCACGCUGCCAGCGGGGACAACUGCCGCUGCAUUUACCCUAACCCCGGCAAGAAGCGGGGGGGGCUGUGGUGGACCUACCUGCUCAGCCUCAUCUUCAAGGCCGGGGUAGAUGUGGUCUUCCUCUACAUCUUCUACCGCUUCUACAGGAACUACACCCUGCCCCGGUUGGUGAAGUGCGAGCUGCCCCCCUGCCCCAACGUGGUGGACUGCUUCAUCUCCCGGCCCACUGAGAAGACCAUCUUUACCCUCUUCAUGGUGGUCACCACCUGCAUCUGUGUCAUGCUGAGCCUUGUUGAGGCUGCCUACCUCAUCGGCAAGCGGUGCCGCGAGUGCCUUCUGGCCGGCGGGGGGGGCCGCCGGCGGCACCAGGACUACGCGCUCUCCCACGCCGAGCCCGCGGACACGGGGGAGCAGGUUUUCCACGGGACAGACUACAAACCCCCCAUGACGUCUGUCCCCCCGCCGGCCUCCAGCCCCAGCACGCUGCCUGAGGAGGAGGCUCUUCUCUAG